AUGUUCAAACUUCUUCAAGGUACACUAUCGACCUAUACUGGUAUAGUUGCAGAACCAGUUUAUGGUAGAGAAGCAUUCCACCCAAUCACAGACACUGUCAAGGAUAAGCAGCCAUUUAGGGAGGCGACCACCAAAGAUUUAGAAUGGUUACAACCUCCAUCAACUAAUGUUGAAACUCAAACAUUUUACUUUAUUUGUGACAAAUCAGGGUAUCUGGGCUUCUUUCAAGUUAUUCACUCCGUUGUUGUUGGUAACGUUUAUACAACUGCACAGUUUACUUUCAGAAUUUUUAACAAAUUGAAAAAAGAUGAAGCCGUUUGGACUUCAACUCAUCUAGAAGAUUUUAUGAUCAAGGGAAACAAUUUCUAUGCUCAAAAUUUUGCAAUUGAACUCAAUGAAGAUGGAAAUUCCUAUACUUUCAAAUCUGCUGUCAAUCCAGAAUCUGUCGUCGACUUAACUGUCACCAAAGAGGCUCCUGGUGUAAUCAUUGGUGAAAAUGGUUUCUCCUACUACGGCACAGACACCAAAAACCCCUGGGGAAGCAUGAGGCACGUGUUUUGGCCCAGAAACGACGUCAAGGGCACCAUCAAGUUGGGAGAAAAGGAAAUUGACAUCGAGGGAAAAGCAAUGUACGUCAUGGCCCUCCAAGGAAUGAAACCCCACCAUGCUGCUUCGACCUGGAACUUCUUGAACUACCAAGGCCCUCAUUAUUCUGCAGUCCAAAUGGAGUUCACCACUCCCAACUCCUACGCCAAAACCAAAGUCAGCAUUGGGAUUUUGGUCAAGGACGACAAAAUAAUUGCUGCUACCGUCGACAACAACGCCAUCCACAAGGAUUCUGAGCCUGACAAGGACGUUGGCUGGCCAGUUCCUAAGGAAAUUGACUAUGAUUUUGCCGGAUACACUGCUGACUCCACAGACGAGGCAAUACAGAACAAGACUGCCAAAGUCGUUAAGGCCUCACUCAAGGGCAGGCUAGAUACUCUCGUUCUCAGGGUCGAUGUCAUGGGUGAAAUCCCUGGGUUUGUUAAGAGUCUUGCUGGAGUUGUUGCAGGCACAAAGCCCUACAUCUACCAAUGGAUCAAUCCCUACCACUUUGAGAUCGAGCAUGACGGCGAGGUUUCAAAGGAAGAAGGUUCUUGUUGGAGCGAGGCCACUUUUAUCUCUGAAUGA